AUGCCUCGUUCCACUAGAUUUGCCAUCCGCAAGGUGCGCGAUCGACCCCAUGUUGGCGGAUCUCCUCCAAGUGAAACCGCUCAAUUGCAAGACCCUCACGCACCCCCCCCUCCCCCCGAUCCACAACUCGAAACGGAGCCGUGGGAGGCGAACUCCGAUCCCUCCGUGAGCCUCAGCAGCAGCAGCAGCGAUCGCGAUCCACGAACGAGAAGCACAACGCAAAGCCAAGGAAGGGAGAACGACGGCGGCUCGUUGAGGGGCUCCUCGAGCGUUUCCCCGCGAUUCGCCUCGUCGUCGACUCUCCCUCCUUCUCCUUCGCCGCCUCUUUUUUCCGUUUCUUUUUCGUCUUCGCUUCCUCUCGAUGAGGGAAGAGGGCGGGGUGGGGUCGCCCUCUCCCACCUCACGCGGCUGCGAGGGGAGGUCGCGGCGGUGCGGCGGGGGGUGGCGACGCUCCGCGGGCGAACGGAGCGGCUCCUCGCGGGGUUCGACACCGCCCUCCGCGAGGCUCUCGAGGAGGUGAAACGCCACACCACCCUCAACGAUAAUAGCAAAAAUCAAAACCAAAACGAUGGCAACGACGAUGAUCCAGACAACUCCCGCGGGGAGGGGUGGUUUGAUAAGAUCUGCCCGUAUCGCGUCGCGACGACGGCAUCCGAGGAGGCCGCGUGGGGAUCGGCGGUCGACCUCGCGGAGCCUCGCUGGGUUCGCCGGCGGCUCGCCGACGCCGCGUUUCAAAUCGCGUUGCUGAAAAACGCCCUUCGCGAGGCGCGCGACGACGCCGGGCGUCGGAUACGGCAUCUCAAAGACGCCUUCGCGGAGCGGGAGCUCGCGCUGCGAGAGGAGAUUCAGCGACUACGGGAGGAGAGGGGAUUGGGGGAUGACGAAGAGGCCCGUGAGGGGGGUCGGCGGUGCUCCUGGGCGAAAAAUCCGCACGUGCGGGGUUGGGAUUCCCCCUCUCACAACUCAAGAAGGUGA